CCCGUGUGUUUGUUGUGUAAUGGUGAAGCGGCUAACGGCUCCAUUACAGAGAGAGAAGCUAACGCUAACAAACACUUUCACAGGCUCUCACACAGCGCGUUCUAGGGUUUCUUCCCGUCUCCGGCCCCUGAUGUGUCCAGCAGGCCGGAGGGCAGAGCCGGGUCACGGUUCUCUGGGAAGAGUCGCCGUAAGCUGAUUGCCGUAGCAAUGUGGAGCGGGCAGAGAGGAGAGGCUGCAGUGCCUCCAGCUGCACUGGACAAUAGGAGAGAAAUAUCAUCUGCAUGGAGGAAUUUAAACCAGAGCAAAGCUGCUUUGCGGCACAUAGAGAACCGUCUGGAGGCCGUGGUCGGCUCAGGAGUGGUGCUGGACACUCUGAUGAACACAGAGAAAACACCUGUCAGCGGCAGUCGCAAAGCCAGGCACAGAGAGAGACGUGGCGCAGAUGAUUCCGCAGCGUCUAAAUCCCAAAGGAGCCGAAACCCAGAAAAGAGCUCCCGCAGCCCCCUGAGGAACAGCACACAGGACAACAGCACAGAGAGACCACACACUCACGCCUCACACAGGGAAGUGUCUCCUCCAGUUCCCCGCUGUGUUUCGGAUCUGUCCGCCCCAGCGGCUCUGAGCGAGCAGGUUUAUGAGCGUGACUCGCGGCCAGAUCAAACAGCCGAUCUGGACAGCACUCGCUCUUCAGCGCUGGAGAACACGACCAUUCGUUUUCUCAAUGACCCUCCUGUUCCAGGGUCGGUGGGGUCGGAGGUCAGGCCCGGCACGCUGCAGGCAAAUGGCCGGGCAGCGGUACCGCCGACCUCGGUGUCGUCCAGCCCUGGGUCAGCAUCGGUGCGGCUGGAGAAACUGCGUCAGCGGCGGACGGACGGAAAGCUGGAGAAGCUGAAGGAGCGAAUCCGCAGGCAGAGGGAGCAGCUGGAGGAAGCUGCAGAGAGAGAGAGGAUAAUCAGCCAUCUUGAGCAGCCGGUGGGCAUCGGGGCGUCACUGGGCACCACCGUGCCCACCGCUAAAGUACGCAAGGUGGCACCUGCUCCACCUGCACCCAUCUAUAAAGGAUUUAACACGAGCGAGACUACGAUCCGCACAGCGGAUGGGAAGGUGUGGGGGGAGGAGGAGUUCCACAACUGCAGCAGAGAGUUCUACAUGCAUCAACUCUUAGACGGAGUGAAGCAGAAGCCAAAGGUGAAAGAGAAAGAGAAGGUGCAGGAGAGGAAAGCGGUCAAACCUGUGAGGAAAAUUCAUCGAUCUGCUUCAGUUCCAGAUCAACAAACCAGACCAGUCAUCAGCACGUCGUCAUGGCGAGAAGGGCAGAAACUGGUGAAGAUGAUUCUGGGUCCAUCGCCACGGUUACCCAGCGAGCCUCGGGCUCAGUCUGCGGAGAGAGAGAGACGGACAGGUGCUUCGUCUCGCACCAGUUCAGAUCCUCGGCUGGAGCUGAAUCGUCGUUCAAGGCCAAACAGCUCAGAGAGGCCAGCUGCAAAGACCUCCAGACCAGCAGGGGGCGAUAGAGGAAGAAGCACCGCAGCCAAGGGCUCCUCCAGGCCAGCAGGGGCUGACAGAGACACUUUAGCGAAGGGGCCUUCGAGACCAGCAGGGGGCGAUAGAGGCAGAUCACCCAGCACCGAUCUUCUCUCAGCGGACAUCCGGGGCAUUCUGGACGACCUUCAGCUGGAGGGCGGGGGACCUGAAGGACCUGAAGAGGGCGCUGGCAGGAAAAGUGCAGGGCGUAGCGGCCCCGCUCCAGUCAGAUCGUCCCGCAGCACCAGCCCUGCUAAGCCCCGCCCUGAGAGGAAGCGGCAGUAUAAUGCGGAGGAGGUGCGGCAGUACAUCGCCCGGCAACAGGAGGACAGGAAGAAGAAGCAGGCGGAGGAGAGGCGGAGCCAGAAGGAGGCGGAGCAGAGGCGAUGUCAGCGACUGCAGGAGCUCUACAGGAGGCAGAGAGAGGGAGUGGCCAAACCCCAGGCUCCACCCACCAACCCACCGCACUCACACCUGCAGGAGACGUACACCAAACUACUGCUGGAACACACGCUGCAGCAGCCGAGGCCUGUGUACCAGCCAUCUGGAGAAUCAGAUAAAGAGAAUAAAAGACAGGAGCCCCCGAGCCCCUCGCACAGCGACCUGUCAGUGUCUGAGCACGGACCACCAGCGCUGUCCAGGGCUGAACUUGGAAUGUGCUCUGUGCCCAGCGCCGCCUCUCUGGUGCCCUCUGCUGGCCAGCUCUUCUCCCAACUCCUCUCCAUGGAAGGUGCAGCAGCUGUUGAGAAGCCUCCAACACAUGUAGAUCUGUCCGCCACUCACACCGUAAACACAGAGCAGAGCAGGACGAACCGCAUUGACACACACUUGCACUCCAGCAGGCUGAGCCGUGUGGAGGCUCUGAAGGCCAGCGCAGCGUCUCUGUCCAGCCGCAUAGAGAAAGAAGCUCGCAAACUCGCUGGAGACGGAAUCAACUACGGAAUCAACUGCAGCCGCAAUGCUGGCACAGGACUACCCACAGUCCUCCAGGAUGACGAUGCCCUGCUGGUAAAGACGCUCAGCCCACCCGUGAGGGAGUCCCCAGGGGGCGCUGCUGAUCCCGCUCUGAGGAUCCAGCGGCUCCUCCGUGCAGGCCAGAGCGCUUUCGGUGGUGAUCCGGCUGAACUCCCGGGUGUGGGAAACCUGUACAGCUUCGGCUCGAGAGAGAGAGGACUGUAUGUGACGAAGACCCGCCCACCUCCGACUGGCCACACCCUCCCAUUCACUGAGGGGGUGGAGCCUCUGGACUCAAGCAGAGGCUCUAUCAGCGAAGGCCCACUGACUGACAGCAGCCUGUCAGAGGGUGAGGACCUUAGAGGUGACUCCAUAGGUGUCCCGCAGAGCCUCCCCAAGCCCUCUCUGAAACUGGCGGGGGCAGAUUACUGCGCCACCCUGCAGAACGGCCACGCCCACGACCCAAUCACGCUCUUCCAGAGAGAGGCGGAGCAGCACUCCCCCUACAGGCCUGGAGCCGCACCACAGGAUAGCUGGCCGCUGUGGGACGAUCUGGCUAAAGGCAGCCCCCACAGCGUCAUCAACAUAUUCACCAAAAACAUGCACAACUACAGCAAAGUGAUGGAGGUGGGAGGUGAGAGGGUCACUCCUGUUCUUCAUGCUGCUGGAUCUGCGUCCAACUCACUGAACGGCCUGGCCUACGAGGAUGACUUCGUUUCCUCCCGUGGCAGCAGCCAAUCAGCAUCAAAGAGGACUUCCACCAACCUCAGUAAUGGCCACAGUGCUGCAGGUGCUGAAGAGAGGAGAGAAAAUGAGAAAUCUUCAAAAUCCUCCAGCUCAACCCCACUGUCCUCACCACACUCCACCAGCAAGAGAGGGUCGGACAGGAGUCUUGAGCGCCCCCUGGUGGACGGACAGAAGAGUACAACCUUUGUCGCCUCUGAGCUGCAGUGGAAUGGAGUGAAAAAGAGCAGCUCUCCGGGCGGCUCCCCCCGAGGCUCUCACAGGAGCGCAGACACCGACAGCACAGCAGGGGGCGCUUCAGUCCACUCUGUUCACAGUGUGGUGUCGGAGGGCCAACCAUCUUCCAAAAGUCCUGCUGUUUCUGCUGGAUCUCCUGCCACCUCUCCCAGAGUCUCUCCUCCCAAUGGCUCCUCACACUCUGACCCACGAUGCUCCACUUCAUCACCCAGACUUUCUGCCAUCAGGGACCACGGACCCAACGCUGCGCCUGACACUGGAUCUACCCCAGAGAUCGCCACCUCCAAAGCGGAGUUCAGGAGUGCAGGCCCUGCGGAGCUGCAGUUUGCACCAGGUGUCCUGCAGCAGCGUCUGAGUGCAGAACUGAGCUACCUGGAUGCUGUUGAAGAGUCUGUGAGGCAGCUCGGUGACGUGGAGAGGGUCAGAGCUGUUUCUCUCGCCCAGCAAGAAAGCGUGUCACUCGCACAGAUACUGAAGGCUCAGCAGCAGAGGCAGGAGCGGGAGCUGCAGCUGCUGAAGCUGAAGGCAGAACAGGAGGCGCUGGAGACCCAGAGGCAGCUACAGGAGAGCAGAGAGAGAGCUGCACAGGCCCAUACGGAUCUAUGCGUUAGCCUGGUUCAGUCUCAGCAGCAGGCGCUCCUGGGACUUCAGGAGUCCAGCAGCAAGAUUAUCAGCCAGCAGGCCGAGACGGCUCAACACACGGUGGCCGCUGCCAGACACAUCAGAGAGAUGACGGAUCUCGCUCGUUCUCAGAUGCUGAAUGUUCCCUCCAUUACUCCUCUCUACGACCAACAGAGACAGCCACGCCCACAGACAGACAGCCGGAGUGAGGUUCCCCCAGGCAGUGCACAGUCUCCAACAGCAGAGACUCCUCCAGACAGCCUGUCUGAAUCCGUCCCAUCCAGGAGACCCACCAUCAGUGGUGGUGGGAGCAGUUCCAGACUGAGCCCCUCUCUCUCCUCAUCGGUGAAGGAGCUGGGUGAUGGAGGCUGUAGAGAGCACAGCAGCUCAGUGGAGGAGGAGGUUCACACAGCUGCGGAGGAAUCACUCCAGACAGACAGCAUCCAGUCCAUACUGGAGGACAGAGCAGACAGCGCCUCAGUUGCCACAGAGUACUCUAUGAAGUUCGAUGAGUCUGUGACGGAGGACGAGCUGGAGAAGUCUUUCCGUUCCCUCCUACCAUCCGAGUCUCACUGGAGAGAUUCCAUAGAGAGGAACCGCAGCCCUCUGCCUGAAUCGGAUGAGGAGCGCAGCCGGGAGAAAUCUUCUCCACAGCUCUCCAACAAGGACAGCAGCAUGCCCUUCUCGAGCGGUCAGGACAGCUUCAAUAAGUUCACCAUGGCGAUGGUGAAGCAGUACAUGCAGGAGGAGGAAGUUCGAGCUCAGCAUCAGAGCUCUCUGCUGCGACUCCGCCACCGAGCGCUGAAGGAGAAGACCAAGGCCGAGCUCGCCUGGCUCGAGCACCAGAAAAGGCGUCUGAGAGAUAAGGGCGAGGACGAUAAGAUGCCGCCGAUCCGCAAGAGACAAAGAGGGUUACUGCUCAAACUGCAGCAGGAACAGGCGGAGAUCAGGCGUCUGCAGGAGGCGAACAGGGCGGCACGGAAGGAGCGACAGCUGCUGCUGAAACAACAGGAGGAGAUCGAGAGGAUUCACCACAGCACCCUGAGACUGAGAGAGAAACUCAGGAGCGCUGGAGAUAACAGCCCGAGGUCACCUGUUUCAGCUGAGGUGAAGGAGGCGGAGCCCAGUCUGGUGACAGACACAGAGACCCGCAGCCCUUCCCCACUGUCGGUGUCAGGUAGUGAGACCAGCAGCAUCAUGCAGAAACUGAAGAAGAUGCGCUACCAAAUGGACGAGAGGCAGUGCUCUCCUGUGCUCUGUUUUUUCUCUGUGUUCGGUGCUCAGCACUGGGCCUCUCUCCGUCUCUGUCUUCCUAAACUCCAUCCUAAAUUCCAGCUCUAUAUCUACACUCAGUUGGUCAGGUUUCUGACGGAGCGUGAGCAGCGUCUGGUGCGGCGGCGGCUGCAGGCGGAGGAGCUGCUGCAGUGGAGGCAGCGUCUGGACGCUGAGGAGGCCGCGGUCCGGCGGAUGGAGAAACAGGCGCUGGCGGCCUGGGAGCAGCAAUCGCAACGUAAACACUCAGCCAGCACCGCACGAGACGGCACCCAGUCUAAUGCUAGCGCCGCCUACAGGCAGGACAGGAGUGCAGGCAGAGAAGCAGUCAGUGAGGAUGACUCGUCUCCGGUGUCCAGCGUGCGCUCACCUGCGUGGGUUUCUGAGCAGUUGGUUAGCCCUUCCUCAGACGGACCUGCGUCCAAACCACCCUCGUCACAGACCAACAGCAGUCCUCACAUACAGUCUGCUCAGCCUUCUGAGUCCCACAGCCGUGCGACUUCCUCGAAUAAUCACAGCCUCAGCGGCAAGUUGGCUGCACACAGCUCCAGGAGCAGCGAGCCCCGACUCUCAGCCCCAACAUCCGAGGCAGCCUCGGAUCAGAGUGACAUCGAGGGCCGAGUGCUGGCGCUAAAGGAGGAGCUCCGCCGGCGCAAGGCUGAGGUCCAGCGGCUGAAGAAAGCGCAGAAACAGCGGCACAAGGAGCGUCUGAAAGCGCAGGAGGCCAGUCUGCUCAAACAGCUGGAGUCAUAUAAUAACUUCAUUGAGAAGACGAAGGCUGAGUUGAGUAAGGAGGCAGACAGCAUGCCCACAGCUAAACCCCAGAUUAAAACUCCAGCGUCAGGCACGGAAAAGCCUAGAAUUCGAGCCCCGGCCAUUCAUAGGCCUGAAGCUGAGAACAGUCUAAGGACUUCCAGCAAGUCAGAGGAGAAGAUCCUCACAGAGUCUUUGACCGAGAGUGCAGGCCACAGUGAACCCAUAGGGGACCAUGAGGUCACCUCCUCAGAUGAAGAUCCACCCACUGUGACCCCAACCCCAGUGUUUGGAAGCCCUGAGCAUGCGGGUGCGAGUCUGCAUUCUCCAGAACCCCAACCCAGCCCGACUGAAAGCCCUACCAAACCACAGUUAAAUGUCUCUGCUGACCAGAGUGUAGUGACCAGCCAGAGAUCGGAAGUCAUAGAAGAACUGGACUAUCUAAAGUCUGAAGGUUCCGGUGAUGACCAUGACUUAUCCCACACAGACCAAAACUCUCCUCCGCUGCUCAAACUGGACCUCCAUCUGCCCUCGCACAGGGCCGAGGAGUUUGAGCUUGAAGGACAGACCGCUCUGUCUGGAAAGAGCAGUCAUGAAGCAGAGGAACAGCUUGACAGCAGGGCAGAAGAUAUAAAGUCUAGUUCCACAGUGCUAAACAAACAACAAACAAGAGAGGAACCUGAAGCUCCAGCUCAGAAAACCCUUUGUUCCAUGGCUGACUCUUAUAGUCCUGACUUUUCACCCAGGAAAGAAGAUUUGGACGAACACAAAGAGGCUCAGUCACCCUCAGCUGAUGGCUAUAAUGAUGAUUUUGAGUCUUCUAUUGGCUCAUCGUUCCAGGAGGAUAAUCAGGAGUCCAAAUCAACGUCACCUUCAGCCUUGCAGCCCAAAGAGACGUCCUACAAGUCUUCAUUCUUCAGCAGCGAGGAGGAGAUAGACGAAGACCUCAGUGUCAAAUCAGGUAUUACCAGUGGCAGCUUCCUUCCUGAGAGGCCGCUGGAUCUUGACAGUCUGGCAAAGCCUUCCAAAGAAAGCUUCAGCGAUGAUGUUGCAGGCUCUCCAAAAUCUCCAGUAACCCUACCAUCCCUACCACCCAGAGACGAAAUGCCCAGUUACUGCAUUGGUGACAGGGUUCUGGUGAGCAACAUUCAGCCAGGCACUCUCAGAUUCAAGGGACAAACCAUUUUUGCCAAUGGCUUCUGGGCUGGAGUGGAGCUGGACGAGUCUGAAGGAAGUAAUGAUGGAACCUAUGAUGGAGUGAUGUACUUCCAGUGUAAAAAAGGGCAUGGGAUAUUUGCCCCUCCGGACAAGGUCACUCAUCUGCCUGAGAAGUUUGAGAGCUAUGUGGACACCACUGAGGAUGAAGACUCUUCGUUGGAUGACCAAACAAACAAGGCAUUCGAGAAGAACAGCCCUGAAGGCACUUUACAGCAAAGCACACUGCAGAACAAAGAGCUGGAUGCGGAUUUCCAUCCUGCAGUGAGAGAAUCUUCUGAUAAGCCGUCUGACCUUGAGCCUAGAAAAGACUCGAAGCAUGACCUGGAAGGCAUCAUAGAGGGCUUCAGCGGGGAAAAGGUCCCAGUGCCAAACGGCCGAAGCAGAGACAUCAUCCUGGAGUUUGAAGACGUGUCAAAUGGCGAGACCACUGUCCCCAUCAACAUUCGGGACAAAGCACCAUCUGAUCUGAAGUUUGAAGACGUGUCAAAUGGCGAAACCACUCUACCCAUCAACAUUCGGGACAAAGCAUCAUCUGAUGUUCUAGAGGAGCAAACUGUGGACAUCUUGGACCUGCUGAUCAGUGAUGAGAGGUCCAGAGUUGAAGGACUUAAGAAAUCUUCAGGUUUCUCCACUGAGAAGACCACGAGUGUGGACAGGGUGGAUGGCGACGCGAUUGAGAGCAGGUCCCUCAGCUCCUUAGCCGAUAAACUCCUGGACAAUUUUGUGGACGAUGCUGUGAGGCAGUUUCAGGAGAUCAAGAAGAUGAAAGAGAAGAAAAUCGCAGCUGCCAACCAGCAGAAAGAAGUCAUCCUCAGUCAGGCUGAAGAACGCGUGGAAAAUAACUUCAAGACGGAUCAUUUCCGCACCUUCUUCGACAAAGACCAGGAAGAAGUGUCCUCUCCAGAGCUUUGCAACAGAUCGGAGAGUCCAGUGUUGGGUCCCAGUGGUCAGGAGGAGCUGGCGAAGCGGCUCGCGGAGCUGGAGCUGAGCCGAGAGCUGCUGGAUGCCCUGGGUGACGAGCAGGACUGGUUUGAUGAGGACUUUGGCCUGAGUUCUCGGAAGGAGCAGGAGAAGCUGAAGCGGCGGCAGGAGGAGGGGUCACUGUCUGGUUCCCCACAGGCCAAAGUUCCAGCCAGGCCCCAGCUCCCACAGCCCAAACUGCCCGAGGAACCGGCCAUGCUGGUCCCUCACACAGCUCCAGAGGUGGAGAAACUGGUGAGCGCCGCCCUGCUGGAGAUUUGGAAGCACUGCGGACUGGGCCAGAGCAAACAGAGCCUGACCGGAGUCCAAAAGCCUCAGCCGUCAGAAGCCUUCCUCAGCAACUGCGGUAGAAACGACGAGCAGGAGGCUGACUGCAUCCGGAGCUACAAGCAGGCGGUGUUUGAUCUGUCAUGGGAGGUCAUCCAGGACGUCUUUAAGGAAGAUCCAAACGCAGACCAGCCCCAGUGGGUCAAGCCACGACGCGUUAACUCCUCCUGCAUCCACAGAAUUAACGACCCCAGUGACAUAACUAAAGUCCAGACGUUUGUCACCAGCGAGGUUCUGAAGCUCUACGGCCUGAAGAAGGAGCAGAAUCACAAAACCGACUGGCAGAAGAUGCUGAAGUUCGGGCGGAAGAAGCGCGACAGAGUCGACCACAUCCUGGUGCAGGAGCUUCACGAGGAGGAGGCUCUGUGGGUGAAUUAUGAUGAGGACGAGCUGUUCGUGAAGAUGCAGCUGGCGGAUGGGAUCUUUGAUGCUCUGCUAAAAGACACGGCCGAAAUCCUGAUCCAGAUCCAGGAGAAGCGGUCCAAACGGCCGAAACUCUGAUCCGGGUCCAGCAGGCGAGGUCCAAACGAUUGAAAUUCUGAUCCAGAUCCAGGAGACGAGGUCCAAACGGGCCUUCUGUAGGGCAAACAGCUCAGCACUGCUGUUACCCCAUCUAAACCCAGCCUCACACUCCACACAGCUUUGGAACCGAACCAGAACCGGGCUCAAACGCAUACACAAACGCUUCAUCACUGUGCUGUAGGUUCUUCAGCCUCAUCAGGAAUCUCCCAGUCCAGCCUUUCCUCCUCCUGUAUGAAGCGCAGCCUCUUCUCAGCGUUAGCUGCGUGAAUGCAGGCUGCCUUCGGCUGCGUCCGCGCUCCACUGCUGCUAGUCUCCCUCGACGGUCUCGGAAACGGCGCGCGGCGAUCGAAGUUAGACUUCACAGGCCAAUCCGAUUGUACGAUGACACCUUCUUAUUUGCCUCUAAUGUUAUUUUUUAAUUUAUUUGAAAAAUGUCUUUUUAAGAAACAGAUUUGCAAAAAAAAAGGAAAA